ACAACGACAUAAACUUGACAACAGUAUCUGAAGGCUCUGGGAGUGGAUGUGUUGCUGCUGUGGCAGCAUCGGAUGAACAUUUUGAUUUUUCACUUUUGAUUGAACUUCAAAGAUUCCAACAUGUAUAAAUUAGAUCUUCCCGUUGACUAUAAGGAGGCUGCGGCCAUCGAGCGCCGACGAGCCAUGGAAGAUGAAAGAAAGACUCGGAUUUUUAAUGCUAAAACCAGGCAAAUUGGAGUCGACAGGCAGGCCAUUGACCAGCAAAUGUUUGACAAGAAACAAAUGGAAGAGUUUGAGAGGAAACGACAUGAGGCGUUUGCUGCUGAUGCUCUACGGAAUGAUAAAAUUGCAAGCAUGCUUGAAACACGUCAGGAACAUGAUGUCCGUGCACUGAAUGAGGCUUUGAAUGAGUUCAGGGCAUUGCACCAGCAGCCAUCCUCCAGAAGAGAGUGGGACUUGUACGACCCUGAUGGUCUGAAGAAAGACAAGCCUGCUAGAGUCCACGACGAUGACCCUCGUUGUGGUAUUUCAAGUCUGCAAAAGUUUGAUGGGGAAGACUUGAAUAGUAAGGCUCGUAAAAAGUUCCAGAAUGAACAAGCCCGGAAGUGGCAUGAGUCCCAGAUGCGUGAAAAGGCGCAAGCCAAACGCAAUCAGGACGCUGCGGAUCGCCUGUAUGAACUGAAGCAGAAGGAGUUGGAUCAAAGGGCGAUGGAGUUACAGGAGGCAGAGGAGAACUGCAGGAAGGCAAUCAACAUGGCUACUUCAGCUUACAAUGAUGCCUUGAACAAAGAGCAGAUGGAGCGAGACCGUCUGAAGCAGCAGCAAGACCUGGAUGAUAAGAUGACAGAAAUUGCCAACCACGUGUUUGGCGAUGUGCUCACCGAGAACCCUGCUGUUGCCCAGAGUGCCUUUGGCCCACACAGGGUCAUCACCGACAGAUGGAAGGGCAUGUCCCCUCAACAGCUAGAGGACAUUAGAAAGCAACAAGAGAGGCAGAGAGCAGAGAAUGAGCGUCUGAAACAGGAAGAGGAGCUGAGAGACCGCGAGCAUGAGCGCCAGGCAUCAGCACAUGCCAGGGCAGCCUUGAUGGUGGAACGCGAGUUGGAGCGUAAACGCCGGGACAUCGAGAAGGCCCAGGCUGAUGAGAACAGACGCCUUGCUCUGGAGCAGAAGUCACACAAAGAAUUCUUGGAUAAAGAAGUGUACACAAACCCUCCCACAGCCGCCUACUUUAUGCAAUUCAAUACCACAACUCGAUAGUUAUUUUUCUAGUUUAACAAGAAAGGGUGGUUACUCUUGCUCGAAGAUUUGUGUAACUGAUGAAGUUUCAGGCAGAAUGUUUUUGUCUUGGGUAUGAUUUGAAGUUGGCGAAAAAAUUGUGAAAGUGUUAUUACGAUAUCUGUAUUCACUUUGACCUUUUUGGCCCUUUCUUUAACCCUUUGCUUCCUAUCUGUGACUCAUAUCUCCCACAAGUACAUUCUUAGGAAUAUAGCACAGGAAGCAAAGUGUUAAGACAUGUUCAAAAAUAUUAAAUCUUAUUUUGUGCAUCACAACAGGGAACAUGGGACCAAAAAGUAUAUGUAAUUGUGAUACAAGAGAAUGCUGAGAACCGAUUAAACAAAAUGUAACAAAGGACCUAACUUGUCUUAUUCUACUACUAUAUGAAUGAGGUGGAUACCACUGCAUCAACAGAGGUUGGAUCAGUGUGAAAAUGGUGACCCGGUUCAUUGAAAAUGCCCCUCAUUUUUAUUUGAUUUUGUCCUAAUACAUCAUUGCUCUGGUCAUAACCAUGAAAGAUGUAAUAUAUUUACUUUCAGAAUUUUAAACAAAAUUGUGUGAAUUUUUACUACAUUUUCUUUUGCUGAACUAUGCUUCAAAUAUGAUUAAACAUGUAUACAUGUUCA